AUGAUAUCAUGUGAUGUUGUUAUAUUCGUUGGGACCUUUGGCUUCGCCAUGUGCAUCACUAAUUUAUGGAUUCGUAAGUGAGCCGCGAAACAAUGAUACGGUAGCCUAAUUUUAGCCAUAAUGGUGUCGGCAAUAAUCUUAUCAAUCGUCAUGUUGUCAUAUGUGGUACUGUACGGGGUAAGCUGUGACGUCGGCCUACGUAUUUUUGUUGUAAUGGUGAUAAAAUUUUGAAUGUAUAAAAAUACUUUUAGUGCCUUUUUCGCGCCCAUUUAUGGAAUAAACAGCGAUUUUUUCGGUCGAAAAUACACAUCAAGACCUACACUUUGAGUCAGCGGUUUCAGUUGAGUGAAAAUGUGAGAACAGUCAGCCUAAUUCUCAACUCGGCUAUGUAUGCGGCGGUUGGCGGUGGAAUAACCGCUGCUCAGAUUUUCUUGAUGUUGGCUUUUUCGAAGAACUCGCAGGUAAUGACGGUGCGUCCUUAUUGAUGUUUGUUAUAAUAUUGACAAAGGAAGUACUCCAAGUGCGACGCCCAGAUUUUCUUUAAAUUUUGCACACGUCGGGCAUCAACUAAAGAUCAAUUCCUGAAAGUUUUAGCUCGCGCUUUCCGGGCGCCGCCGAGAUAUCGAACGAUUUUUGCCGCCGAGACAGCACGCUAAACGUGGAGAGCGGUCAGAGAGAAACGCGCUUAUUGGCCAUAACUUCGCUAGUUUCGCGGGGAGAAAAUUGAUUUUUUGUGAAAACAUUUCCCUCUCUGGUAGAAAUAGACAUGAAACUUUUCGUGCCGAAAUUCAGGAAAAAGUGUCAACUUUUCACCGACUUUCAAUCUAAAAAUCUCGGUUGUUUCCGCAAAGCGCGAACUAGGAUUCUCGCGUGUAUUUUUAUAAAAAUUAUUCUAAAUCUGUGCCAAGUUUCAUCAAAAUCUGAGCGUCGCACUUGGAGUACUUCCCCUGUUAAAUGGAGUACCUAACUUCUGCAAAAUUUUCACAGAGCGACGCUUAGCUUUAGGAUUGAGGGUUUUUAUGGUAGAGGGUUUUUUACAUGCGGUAUCCCUAGUACACGGUUUGGCGAAAACAGGGAAAUUUUUGUUUUGAAAGUCGGUGAUAAUUCAAUAUUAUUUUGCGAGUCCAUCCAAGAAACGCCUUGUACAUGGGCCACGUUUCUAAGAAGAGUGACAGAGAUACGGCCAAAAAGCGUUUUUCUCUCUGACCUCUCUCUGAAUUUUGCGCACUCUCUCGACCAACAGCAUUGCUGAAUAUCUCAGCUGGUUCUGAACAGCGCGCGCUAAGAUUUCCUGGAAAAAUCGACGACGCACUUGAGAUGCUUCUCUUGUAACCUAGCUAGAUAGCAAAGAUUUGAACAAUACAUCUUAUCUGUCUGUCGGGUAAAUAAUGAGCACAAUUUGCUGUGCCGAUCGCGUCGCUGAAGUGAAAAGCAAUCGAUUUUGCCGCUACACAAUUAAUUUCCUCGGCGGCGAUGCGAUUUUCGAAACGACAGGGUGCUCAUUAUUUUCCCGACGGACUGACAUAAACGUCGGGCAAUUCCCGCCUUUUUACAGCCUUUUCCCUAUAUUUGACAACCAUCUCUUUCCAAGUUACAAAAAUUGCGUUUCAGUUUCUCCUCCCCAUCCUGAAUGUAACGCAACCUCUUGGAAUUUCUCUAAUCUUUUUGCCUGCCGCAGUUUCUCAGAUCCUCGUAAUUCCUGCCUGGAAGCAACGGACCAUUCAGCUGCUGAAUAGCCUCAGCAGAAUCCGUGGAAUCGGUAAAGUUCUGGACACAGUGAAAACUAAAGAAGAGCGAAUAAUGGAUGUUUGUAUUGUGAAACGAAAAUUGGACGAGAGACGGGUACACGAGCAAGAGCUCUACUUUGAAAUGUUCAAAUCCGCAUGGCAAUAA